UAUCAAAAUUAUUUUGAGUUUUAUGUUUUUUGUUGGCACUUCAGAAACAUGAGAUACGACAGAGUUUGUUGUCAUUGACCGGCGAGAGACUACAUUUCGAARCAAUAAACUCCGCAAUUCGAUCAUCGAAUAGUACCGUCCGGCAGCAUAGAACAAAGAACCAAGAGGAAUAUUCUGAGAAAACACAAUGGCCACGGUGGGGGAGAUUCCGUGUUUUUCCCCACAUGCCGAUGCACGUCCUUUUUGUUCGCGCCUGGCAUCGUGUUGCAGCAGAUGUCGGCGGCAGGAUAGACCCGAGUCGUCGUCCUUCUGGAAAAGGAACAAUCCGACGUUGCAGCUACUAACUACUCCUUGGGAAUACUUCGUCACGAUCGACCAGUCGGCUCUGUGGCAGAAACACAUCGCCUGGGCCAAACCAAGGGGGAGCGAUCUCAAGGCCUACAUCUCGUCGCAGUAUUCCUCCCGAAUGGUCCUCCUUUCGCUGCUUCUGGCCACAGAAAUGAGCGUCUUUUUCAAUUCUUCGCCCGAACUCAUCAACUUAAGACAGCGAUUGUCACUCUUCAAUGACGGCCACGACAGCAACUACAUGGGGCAGCAGCAACUACUACGCAGCUUUCUUCCCUUUUGGAUAGGAUUCGUCUUGUUGCUGAACAUUUGUGUAACCAUCUCGGGGAUACUAGCCACAUUUACCACCUGGAAUGUGGUGUCGGCUAUAUCGGACUCAAAUGCUCAUUGUUUGCUGCGGAGUUCCCUGGGGCAAUACGUGACGACUUUGUCGCCUAGGUUGUUUGUGGCCUCGCUCUACAUGUUUUUGUUGUGGUUUCUGCUCUUUGUGACACAACUAAUCGUCGGGGGGGGCAAUGUCUUUUUUGACAGCGAGAAUGCUUCCGAAUCCAUUCGACAAUUUUUCAAGAGGCACUUGCACCUCAUCCUUUUGUGGGUAUGCGUUUUGUUCGGGAUAGUCACCCUGUUUUUUAGCAUCGUGGUUCCGCUUUCGGCGUUUGGCAGGCUGGUACUGCACACGGGUGCCAUGGGCGAAAAGAAUGUGCUGUCAGAGUCCCUGCAACUGGAUUUGCUGCCUCAUGGCCUUCACGCAGGCCUCGUCAUUCGGGCGCACCAUUCCCAGCGACGGAACACCGCCGUGACGAACCAGUACAACCGAUCACGCAAGCGGCAGCGGCGGAUGCAGCCAUCAGCACAWCACCAGCKYAGCCAAAACCACAACAAUGAUAGCUGCGAUCGCGAACACCAACAAAGSCGAUCGAAUAUCGCUUCGCCAAUAGGCCUUKUCCACGGUGKCGAGGGGGAGCCAUCGAAGGAUGAUGGCUGGGAGAAUCCAAAGCAUCGCAUCGAAAACGGCAACGGCAAAGUGAACGGAAACACUUUUUAUGAGGGUGUCCAUGAGAGCGAACACAGUAAUCACGACGGAACGACUUCUUCGGUGAUAUUCAAAGGACUCGAACCCGAAAUGGAAUUGUCGUUGGAGACACCUGCUGUUUCUGAUUCCAACUCUGGCUCGAAACACGACCGUGUCGAAGACUGUGAUUCAUUUUCUCGCCACUACGAGGAACUUGGUGCAAAUCGUAGCAAAGCAAGGACGAGGGCAACGGACGUGGGCGGUAAUCUGUUUGUUUUCGACAGACCAGAGGACGAUACGAGAGAGAGGCCKGAUUUUCUGCCGCGUGACAAAMCUCACGGACGCUCGAGACGGCACCAGAGAACAUUGACCAUGGAGACGACAACCUCGCUUUUUCUACCACCCGCAACGAUUUUGAACCUGUCCAUGACGGCCAAUGAAUUCAACGAGCUGAUCGAUAGCGCUAUGGAUACCAGCUCGCUGUGCUAUACAAACUCAGAAACACCUGCCAACAAAACCAGAACCACCASUGGUCGAGAAAAAGGGGAAAAUCAUGGCAACGAACCAGAUCGCUUGGCGACAGCCGRCAACCGAUCGGAACGAAAGGAGAAGGGGCGGGGAGCCGCGGGUGCCUUUGAAUCACAAAGAUUCGAGAGCAAUCGCGGCGGUACUUCGGAGGGGGAGCCCCACGCAACAACCGCCGAGGAGAGCGCCGGCGUCCGGGCGUCGCCCUUUCCCGUGUCCACCAGUGGCACGAGCCCCCGCCCCCACCGAGAGAGGCAGCAGCAGGCGUUCGUGACCCGGCACCACCGCAGGGUCAGCUCCUCCCGCUUUUUGCUCCACGAGUGGAAGGAGGAACACAGCGUGCGGGGCACGUACGGCGCGGCGCCACCGGCCGACCUCCCGGAGGAGAUUGCGUGGGAGACCGAGGCCGCGAAAGGGCGAUCCGGUCCGGCCGGCGGUGGGGGAAGCGGCCACCGCAUUCCUUCUGCCUCGAACCGGGGGCGCUCCCUGGGGGAUUGGCUGCUGUCUCCCUUUUCUUCUCCAUUGGGAAACUGCCACGGCAGCGAUCGCAGAACGGGCCCCGGCUCGUUCUCGCACCAACGCCGGGGAGGGGCCGAGGGCGGUGCAACGCAGGGCCCUUUCUCCCGGGGCCUCCCGAGCGAGCCACUGCUUCCCGAUCUCGACACGGACGGAAACGGGAGCGGAGACUGCGACGAGGAAACGGGGGGUUUGCUCUAACUGUCCGGGAUGGAACCCAAACGCCAUCCGCGGCCCCGCACACACCGAAGCUUCGACGCCAGGAUCGUUCCGUCGCAGCAUCAUGCUGCAACAGCGAGCGAAUCGCCGUCGAAACCGAAGAAAAAGAGAGGCCGAGAUCCUAACUGUUCAGUAAAAACGUGGAGUGCCG